GGAGCUUGAGGAGUGGCUGGAAGGAGAGAAACGUUAGCUAGCUAGCUAUUAUUAGCUUUUAAAACAGUUAAUUAUUGCAUAAUAGAGGACUUUAUGUGAGAACUAUUCUAGCCGAAGAGGACGGGAGAGAAAGAUGACUGGGGAAAGUGAGUUGGCGAUAAAAGAGGCGUUUCAGCGCGCUCAGAAAGGACACAAUAACAAGGCUAAACUGGUGGCCAGUCUCAAGAACACGUACAACAAGUUGGAGGACAAGACAUUGUUCCACGAGGAGUUUUUCCAGUACCUGAAGCACGCCAUGAUCGUGUACAAGAGAGAACCGGCUGUGGAAAACGUCAUAGAGUUUGUCUCCAAAUUCUCCACCAGCUUCCAGACGCCUUCCACCGAGGGAGGAGAGGAAGAGGACGAUGAAGAAGAGGACGAGAACCCCUUCCUCAGUUACAUGUUCAACUUCCUGUUGGAGUCCCACAAGGCCAACAGCCACGCGGUGAGGUUCCGGGUGUGUCAGCUGAUCAACAAGUUGCUAGGCAGCAUGGCGGAGAACGCCCAGAUCGAUGAUGACCUGUUUGACGGUAUCCACCAGGCCAUGUUGGUCCGAGUCACAGACAAGUUCCCCAACGUCAGGAUCCAAGCCUCUCUGGCCAUGGCUCGACUACAGGAACCGCAGAACCACCAAUGUCCCACUGUUAAUGCCUAUCUGUUGAUCUUGGAGAAUGAUUCCAACCCGGAGGUUCGUCGAGCCGUUCUGUCCUGCAUCGCCCCCUCCUCUCUCACCCUCCCCAAGAUACUGAAACGCACCAGAGACGUCAAGGAGAGUGUCCGCAAACUGGCUUACCAGGUUCUGGCAGACAAGGUCCACAUCAGAGCUCUGAGUAUCGCCCAGAGGGUCAGUCUGCUGCAGCAGGGUCUCCACGAUGCCGCAGACUCGGUGAGCGAGGUGGUGCAGGUCCGUCUCCUCCCAGCCUGGCUGAAUCUGCUCCAGGGUGACGUGUUGGAGCUGUUACACAAACUGGAUGUAGAGAACUGCUCUCAGACCGCCCUGGACACACUGACCGCUCUGUUCACACACACACCUCAGGACCAGCUGCUGGACCACCGCCUUCAGCUGGACAACAGGAUGCUGGUCCCGGCUGGGUCUCUGUCCUGUGAGGGCGUGUUGUACUGGAGAGCUCUGUGUGAGUUCAUUAAGACUAAAGGAGAUGAAGGAGAGGAGAUGUUGGAGAAGCUGCUGCCAGAGGCUGCUAUCUUCGCUGACUACCUCUACGGAUAUGUGAAGGGCCUGCCAGUGCUGUCUGCAAACCAGAGAAGCAUUACUACUAGGUAUGUGAAGCGUGUCCCGGUGCUGUCUGAAGAGCAGAAAGGAGACUUUGCUCAGCUGGAGGAGGUGAUGACUAAAGAAUUUAUCUCUCAACAACUCAUCCACCUCUCUGGCUGUCUGGAUACCAAUGAAGAGGGAGGAAGGAAGCGUGUGGUGGCUGUGUUACAGGAGAUGCUGGUCCUACCUCAGACUCCUGCCUCUCUGGUCUCUCUGCUGACGGAGAAACUACUGACCUUGAUACCUGACGAUCACAGACGCACUCAGACCGUGGCGGAGGCGAUCUCGGAGGUGCGUGAGCCCAUCGUAGUCGUCAGACAGCCGCUGGAUGAGAACGAGAACCGCAGGAAACAAGUUAAGCUAGCGGAGGUGAAAGUUGGUAUCCUAGAGGCUAAACAGGCCUUAGAGGAGUGUAUCAGUAACCAGGAGUUCAACAGAGCAGCAGAGCUGAAGGACUCUAUAACUGACCUGGAGAACCGGAGGAACGACAUACUGCAGGAGGAGAACACAGACACACAGCAGGAGGACAAGGAGACAGAGACACGCACGGAGAAGACGGACCCAGAGACUCUACUGCGCUGUCUGACCAUGUGUGCUGAGCUGCUGAAACAGAUGAACAUCAAGACCAGGAUCGGACCCACCAUGUCAGCUAUCCUCUCCUCUCUGAUCCUGCCCAGUAUAUCCAACGCCCAGCCAGCGGUGAGGAACAUGGCAGUGGUGUGUUUGGGGACCUGUGCUCUGCACAGCAAAGACCUGGUCAACACACAUCUGGUGCUGCUGCUGCAGAUCGCCCAGCUAGAUGAUGUUAAGAUCCGUAUCAGUGCUCUGAGGUCAGUCAUCGACCUGCUGCUGCUCUACGGCUUCGCAAUGCUGGCUGAACGCCCCGCCCCCGCGACAGCACAGCCCUCCCAUUCGCCAGCCAACCAGGAAGACCAGGAGAAGGGGGAGGAGCCGGAGGAGGGGAGCAGCACCGCUCAGUCCAUCCUGAUGAUGCUGUCUGACUUCCUGGACAGCGAGGUGUCUGAGCUGCGUACCGAGACAGCGGAGGGUCUGGCCAAGCUGAUGUAUUCCGGGCGGAUCUCCAGCGCCAAGCUCCUCUCCCGAUUGGUGUUGCUAUGGUACAACCCCGUCACCGAGGACGACACCAGACUACGCCACUGCCUUGGCGUGUUCUUCCAGCUGUACGCCCGGGAGAGCAGGGCCCACCAGGAGUGUGUGGAGGAGUGUUUCCUGCCCACCCUCCAGACCCUGCUGAAUGCUCCGGCUACGUCUCCGCUGGCCGAGGUGGACGUCACUAACGUAGCAGAACUGCUCGUCGAGCUGACCCGGCCCAGCUCUCUCAUAAAGCCUGGAGACCCACAGGAGGUGUGUGUCCACGACUACCUGGCAGUGCGUGUGUGUGGUGAGAUGCUGAAGGACCCGUCAGCUCCAGAAGUCCGUCUCUACUCCAAAGUACUGAGCAGUCUGGAGCUCAGUACUGACAUCAACACCACAAGAGACCUGGUGACCCUGUUACAGCAAGUUACACAGGAGGUGAAGGAUCGCAUCGCUUUGCGUGCUGUGGAGAAGCUGAUUGGACAGCUGCAGGACUCCAACAACCAACCAGAUCUCAGCGCUACGAGACUACAGCCUGUAGAUGUCAACGCUGAGGGUAACGGGAGAGAGGAGACUACUACUGAGGAAGCUGCCAACCAGGACCUGGACCAGUCUGCCAAGAGGCCCAAGAGAGGUCAGAGGAAACCCUCCACAGCCAAAGGAGCCAAGAAGUCCAGCAGAUCGGCAGAGUCCUCCGAGGAAAGUGAUGGGGAGAAUGUUCCAGACUCGGUACCGGUAACCCGUUCAUCCCGCCGGGCCAAGACGGCAGCUUUGGACAAAACCAGACUGGACCUCAGUGCCCUCAUCAACCAGGAGGCUAACACCUCGUAGAGUCCCAGGUCGGAUAGGGUAGAGAGGUCAGAGGUCAGGAUGUGUGUGGCUGCCUGGUGGAAUCACUAACGUAUCAGAGUAGAGGACAUGUCUCUAACCCUGUUGAUCUACAAAGGAAUGUCUAUGAUCAACCUGAAUUAAAAAUGUAUUUUAAUUGGAUUAAAUAAAACUAUUAACCUUC